AUGGCCAACGGCAUCGAAUCUCCCGCUAUCCCUCCCAAGGGUGACACCUCUUGGAAGAUCACCAACAAGAUUGCAAAGGCCGAAAAGGAAGGCCGCAUCUGGUGGAGUUUCGAAUACUUCCCUCCUCGUACUGCUCAGGGUCUCACCAACCUCUAUGACCGUAUUGAGCGCAUGGCCGACCUCGGCCCCGAGUUCGUCGACAUCACCUGGAAUGCAGGUGGGCGAACCUCGGAUCUUACCGCUUCGCUAGUCAAAACCGUUCACACCUACAUCGGUCUUGAGACAUGUAUGCACCUUACCUGCACCAACAUGCCUCGCGAGAAGAUCGACAGGGCGCUCAAGGAGGCCAAGCAGUUUGGUUGCCGUAACAUUCUUGCCCUUCGAGGCGACCCUCCUGCAGGUCAGUCUGAGUGGGAGCCUCACGCUGCCGGCUUCACCCGAGCCAAGGAGCUCGUAGAGUAUAUCCGUCAGCAAUACGGAGACUACUUUGCCAUCGCUGUUGCUGCUUUCCCCGAGGGUCACCCUGAGGCCUUCCAUGGUCCCGGCAAGGAGCUCGAGCGUCUCAAGGAGAAGAUCGACGCUGGCGCUGACUUCAUCUUUACACAGAUGUUCUACGACUUUGACAUCUUUGCCAAGUGGCUCAAGGAGGUUCGUGCUGCUGGCAUCAACUGCCCCAUCAUCCCCGGUGUCAUGCCCAUCCAGACCUACGGUGGUUUCCAGCGCGCCACUGCUCGCUUCGGCACCCUUGUGCCCCAGUACUUCCAUGAUGCCCUCGACCCAGUCAAGGAUGACGACCAGAAGGUACGAGACGUCGGCACUCGCCUCGUUGGUGAGAUGUGCAAGAAGAUCGUCGGCUCUGGUCUCGGCAUCAGCGGUCUUCACAUCUACACCAUGAACCUCGAGAAGGGCUCGCGCAUGCUCCUCGACUACCUUGGCCUCACUCCCUCCGUCAACCAGGUCAGUCCACUUCCAUGGACACCAAGCCUUACUCCCAAGAGGCGAGAUGAGAAGAUUCGUCCCAUCUUCUGGGCCAACCGUGCCAAGAGUUACGUCAACCGUACCGAAACCUGGGAUGAGUUCCCCAACGGUCGAUGGGGCGACGCUCGUUCGCCCGCUUACGGCGAUGUUGACGCUUACGGUGUCAAGUUGAGAUACUCGAAUCAAGAGGCCAAGCAGAUGUGGGGUAAUCCCACCAGUCUUGAGGAUGUCAAGGCGCUCUUCCAAAACUUCUGUGCGGGUCAGGUCAAGGCACUUCCAUGGUCCGAGACGCCUGUUGCGCGCGAGACUUCGGUGAUCAGUGACAAGCUCACCAAGAUGAACGAGCUCGGUUUCUUGACAAUCAACUCCCAGCCUGCUGUCGACGGUGCUCGUAGCGACGACAAGGUUCAUGGCUGGGGUCCCAAGAACGGCUACGUCUACCAGAAAGCUUACCUCGAGUUUUUCGUCUCUCCAGAGCAUCUCGAUGCCUUGAUCGCCAGAAUUGAGGCAGACCCGCAAAUCACCUACCACGCCGUCAACUCACAGGGUGACAUGCGUACCAACACCAACUCGGAGGCUCCUAACGCUGUCACCUGGGGUGUCUUCCCGCACUGCGAGAUCAUCCAGCCUACCAUUGUCGAGUCGAUCUCCUUUUUGGCGUGGAAGGAUGAGGCCUAUGAGAUCGGACGCAACUGGGCCAAGGUGUACGAACCCUCUUCGCCAUCGCGCAAGUACCUCGAGGAGAUGUUCAAGAGGUACUUCCUAGUCAAUGUUGUUCACAAUGACUUCAAGGCUGCCGACGCCAUUUUCGAGCCUUUCUUGAAUGCCGCCAAGACUGCAGCUGUCAACGGCUCGCUUUCUAGCAUCGGCUCGACUGUCGCUGAUGCCGCUGGCCAUGUCACCAAUUCGAUCUCUUCGCUGACCAACGGCCUUUCGAACGGACACACUGCCGCACCUGCACCGGCAGCAUAA